AUGAAGCGGAAGGAGUCCUUCCUCCUCAUGCUCAGGUCCUCUUCCACGCGCAGCACCUCCUCCGUCACCUCGACUUCAGCCUCGUCGCUUUCCUCUUCGCCCUCCACGGUUUCGUCUUGUGCCUCGUCGCCGAGCCUCGUGGGUGCCAACCACCACAACAACAAGUCGCUGUGGAUCUCCGCCGGGUCGUCGUGGGACGACUUUGCCACGGCCGCGGCCUUCCUCUCGUCCUCCUCGUCCGACGAAGACGACGACCAGGACCAAAGUUACUGGGACCCGUCGUGGGUGGACGACGACAACGAGGCCGACAACAGGCGGCGCUGGGAGGAAGAGGAGCGACGUCGGGAGGAGGAGUGGAGCCGCCGGUACGAGGAGAGGAAGCGGCAGGAGACCCUCGCCUUCGAGACCUGGAGCCGACGGUGGGACGCGCGCAAGAAGCGGCUCACCCUCCGCCGCACCGUGGCCCUGGGCAAGGGCGUUAUCGAAGCCCUCGGCAUCGGCUCGUCGAGCAGCGGCACACAUCACCAUCAGCACCACGACUCGUUCCGGCGUCAUCGCAGCCGCGACGAAGGCCGGCGCAGCAAAGACAGCACCGACGCCAAGGCAGGUGAGCGCGGCCAUUCCCCGCUGUGGUCGCGGAGGAGCACCGUGGACAGUGUGGGCGCGGCUGUGACGAUGGGCAGCGGCGAGUCGCCGCGCACGCCGGUCGGUCCGCCACGCUUGGCCUCCACGCCGCUGGCCCCGGCCCCGGUGGCGGCUCCUCGCGAAGAGGCCAAGACGGGCAAGGCGGGCAAGACGAAGAGUUCGAAGAAGUUGGCGGCGCGACACGCGAGCGCGGAGGAUUGUGGGGUGGAGAUGUACGGCACCGGCCAACACGCACCGCGGAAGCCGGCGGAGGAUCAUCGCAGAACAACCGGCGUAUCGCUGGGCCAGCUGAUCCGCGAUGAUGAAGGCAAAGAGGAGGAAGAGGAGGAAGAAGACGGUGGUGAUGGUAAUCAUGGAGAAGACGAUGAUGGCGAUAACAAUGAAGAGGAGGAGGAGGCGUGGGCGAGGGAGGUGGAGGACGCGGAGAAGCGGAUCGAGAAGAGUAACCGACGGGGCGAUAAGGAGGGCGUGCAGCGGCGGGAACAGUUCCUGAGCAGCCGCCGGAGCCUGACGUCGAGCGAGAAGCAGAGCCUGUUCGACGAGUACUUCUACAACGAGGAGCAGAUCUGGCGCAGCCGCGGCCUGCGCCUCCUCACCGCCAGCGCGUCGGCCAAGGAAAAGAACGAAGACCGCCUCCCUCCCCGCGAUGACAACGAGGACGACGGAGACCAGGCCGGCCCCGAUGAUGGCCGGUCUCCUGUCCGCCAAGCGCCGUCUUCGCUGGGAGUCGAUGCCGAGGCCGAUGCCACGUCAUCACGAUCGAUGGCCGCGAAGCACGGGGAGGGCGAUGACGAGGUCUCGCCCAAGAAACGAACAAAGAAAACGAAGGAGUCUCUCGGAAAGAGCAAGAAGGCGCCCAAGGAAUCCACGCCGGUCAAGCCGAAAGUACUUCGGCUCAGCGUUGCCGGCACGCGGAGGGACGCCGAACAGCUGCCCACAACGACGGCCGACGCGUCUGGCGUGGAGAGCGCCGUCGAUAAGAAUGAUGACGACGACGACCAUGACGACGACGAUCGUGAUGACGAAAACAAUGUAGACAAUGGAGAGGAGGAGCGAACGCGGCUCGUCACGAGCGGGGAGCGAAGAGCGCGGCGGGAGGCGCGGCGGAAGGAGCGAAGCCUGCGCGAGGAGAAGGCCGACCUGCGACGCCAGCGCGAGAUGGAGGAGCGCGCCCGCCUCCUGCUCGAACUCGGCAUCAGCCCGCGAGGCGCCCGAAGCCACCAAAACGACGACGCCAAGGGCAAGAGCAAGGCCGAGAGCGGCAGCGGCGACGACGGCGAACACGAAGAGCCGGCGGCGAAGGAGAAGAAGGGCAGCACGCGGCGGCGGAGCGUGAGCGUGGCCGAGAGCCAGAGCAAGUCGCACACGAUCCCAUCGCGCGGCACAGGUCCGGCGGCUAUGAAGAAGAAGCGGUGGAGCCUUAUCGCGUCCAAGGGCGCUUCCCUCGGCUCCGCCAAGACCGACGUGGGACCCUCCUCCUCGCGUGGCGGAGGCGGCGCGGGUCUCCUCCGCAAGACGGACUCGUCCGACGCGGCCGAUGAGAGGAAGGCCCGGCGCGCGAGCGUGCGGCUCAUGAACCUAUUCACCAUCAAGGACAAGGCCAACACCAAUAACGGCGGCGGCGGUGGUGGCGGGGCGUCGAGGGGUUCGUGGCUGCUGCGGAGUCCGCGAUCGCCGCGCACGUCCGAGGCGGAGGAGAGGAAGAAGAGGGAGAAGAAGGAGGCCAAGAGGAGCAGAAAGGAAGAGGCCCGGAAUGCGAAGAAGGCGGCGAAGCAGCAGCAGCGCCAACGACAGCGCCCGGAGGGGGCCGAGGCUGAGACCGAGGCGGGCUCAAGGCCGUGGUAUCGGCACCGCCGAUCGGCGUCCAUGAACGCCCUCGUCGGCAUGCUCUCCAAGGACCGACGCAAGCCCGCCACCACCACCACCAAGGAAUGA